AUGCGAUAUUUGCUUCUUCCAACGGUUACGCUGCUGCUACUACUGCUCUCUGUGGUAGGUGGUGGGCGGGCGGAACCGACAGUGACGGAAAAGGUGUACUUCGAUGUCACUAUCGGUGACAAGCCGGUGGGUCGCAUUGUGAUUGGCCUGUUCGGCAAUGAUGUGCCCAAAACAGUUCGGAAUUUCAAGCAGCUUGCAACUGGCGAGAACGGCUUUGGCUACAAGGGCUCCAUCUUCCACCGUGUCAUCCGUAAAUUCAUGAUCCAAGGCGGUGACUUCACGAAUUUUGACGGGACGGGGGGGAAGUCUAUUUAUGGUCCGCGCUUUGAUGACGAGAACAUGAACAUCAAGCACUUCGUGGGCGCCGUCUCCAUGGCGAACGCCGGACCCAACUCGAACGGCUCACAGUUCUUUGUGACCACGGCCCCCACACCCUGGCUUGACGGCCGGCACGUUGUCUUUGGAAAAGUUGUCGAUGGCAUGGACGUUGUGAAGAAGGUGGAAGACACCGAGACAGGCCGCAACGACAGGCCGAAGAAAACUGUGAAGAUUGCUGACUGUGGCGUGCUGUAA